CAUUAUUUUAUUUUUAGAAAAUGGCCACAUUAAAGAAUCAACUUUUAACUACCGUAACGGAACCGGUAUCAAUCGGUAGAAAUAAAAUCACAAUAGUUGGUGUCGGUCAAGUUGGAAUGGCCUGUGCUUUCAGUAUUUUGACAAAUCAUGUUUCAAGUGAUGUCGUAUUAAUCGAUGUGAUGGCAGACAAACUAAAAGGAGAAAUGUUAGACUUACAACAUGGCAGUGCAUUUAUGAAAAAUGCAAAAGUGAAUGCUAGCACAGAUUAUUCUGUGACUGCAAACUCAAGUCUCUGUAUCGUGACAGCGGGUGCUCGUCAACGCGAAGGCGAAACUAGAUUGGAUCUGGUUCAACGUAAUACCGAUAUUUUCAAAGGCAUUAUACCUCAGUUAGUCAAAUAUAGCCCAAACACGAUUCUUCUCAUCGUUUCUAAUCCGGUGGAUAUUUUAACAUAUGUGGCAUGGAAACUUUCUGGCUUGCCGAAAAAUAAAGUUAUUGGCAGCGGUACAAAUCUGGAUUCUGCUCGGUUUCGUUUCCUGUUAUCACAAAAACUUAAUGUAGCACCUACAUCCUGUCAUGGAUGGAUCAUCGGAGAACAUGGUGAUACCAGUGUGCCUGUAUGGUCUGGAGUUAAUGUCGCCGGGGUACGUUUGCGUGAUUUGAAUGAGCACGUGGGCACCGACAAAGACAAGGAGCAUUGGAAUGAAUUGCAUAAGCAAGUUAUACAAAGCGCAUACGAAGUGAUCAAGUUAAAGGGUUAUACUUCAUGGGCAAUAGGUCUCAGUGUGUCACAACUUGCAUCAGCUAUAUUAAGAAAUUCUAAUCAAGUCCAUGCUGUAUCUACACUGGUUACUGGACAUCAUGGAAUUAAUGAGGAAGUGUUUUUAUCCUUACCUUGCACGCUGGGUGAAGAUGGCGUUACGCACAUUGUUCAACAAAAGUUAACAAAUGAUGAGCUUGCAUUAUUGCAUAAAUCUUCAGCAAUGAUGCAUGAAGUGCAAAAUAGCCUCAAAUUUUAGAUAUACAUUGUCUUUACUUAUUUUAUUUUUUAUUUUAUGACAUUUGUGCACGAUCAGUGUCAUUUCAUAUAUAAUCUACAUGUAUACAUAUAUUUGUAUGUGUUUAUAUAUAUUAUAUGAAUACAGUACUAUAUCUAAAUUUGGAAUGAUUCUUUAAAUGUUUACGUACGAUAUAUACAUACCUAAUGUAAAGUAUCUCUAAUAUUAUAUUUUUUAUUACUAUAAUUUUUAUUUUUGUCUCCGACAAAUAUAUUUUGCAUUAUUCAUUUCAAUAUUUAUUCUAUGAUAUUGUAACUAUUUAUACUAUUAAAUAUUUAAUAAAUUGUUAUUUGUCAAUUCAGUUUUGCUAGAGAGAAGUCUUAUAAUACACAUUUUUAUAUGUAUAUAAUUUGGUAAUUGGGAUACACUUUUCUCUUGCGCAACAAAGUGUCUACGAAUUAUGGCUUAUGAAAUGUUACAAAAUAAAAAGCAAAUUCCACAUAGAUGAGUAAAAUCGGAGAUGACGGACACAAGAUGGAUAAUUCAUUUUGAAAAGAGACAUAAGAAAAUUUCGGAUAUAUUUCCUGAGAGUAAAUGUUCACGAGGAGCGAUCCGACCACAACCUCCGAGAAUUAAUAUGAAAAGUAUAUCCCAAUUAUCAAAUUAUAUACAUACCGAAAAAAAUAUGUAUUAUCAGAGAGAAGCCUGAGGGUGGUCCUGGCCAUGUUUUAGCUAUAACUUUAUUCGCAUAGAUAAUGUGUACGAUUUUGUAGUUCUCUUCCGCAAGAGACGCAAGAGUGAUAAAGACGGACAAUAUAGAUACGAUUGUCCAUUUUAUCACUCUUGCGUCUAGCACUCUCUCUGGUUUUACAAAUCAUCUUUUUAUAAAGUAUACUGUCAAUGCAUGCAGAAAAUGAUGAAAAUUUAUGUGAAUGGUAUGUUUAUGACUAUAUAAAAAUUUUAUGUGAUAUAAAAUUUUUGUGCUUUAAUAGAUAAUAGUAUUAUUUAUUCUAUGACAAGAUAAUGGAUGAUUCUAUUGUGAAAGUUUGUAUAUGUGUAUAUGUAUGUGUACAAAUAUAUAAUUUUAACAAA